UAUCUGAUAAUAAUAUCAAAUGAUUCGAAAUGGAUUCUGUCUUCACUGUUAAUGGCUUUUGAUUGAUGAAUGUUAUGAGAACAUGGGGAGAAAAAAAAUAUUACUCUCGAGAGUUUAUUUUUUGUAAUUAAAAUUCAAUCUCAAUAACUUGAACUUGCCUACUCAUUGAAGUAAAAAAUAAAAGUAAUUAAGAACUGAUAAAGGGAGAAUAAUUUGUUUCUUAAUUUUCGAAGUAUAGAAUUUAAAAUACAUGAGAAUAUAUUUAACACCGAAUUUUUCUAGUGUAUAGAUAAUUAAUAUUUGAAGCAGGAGAACUGAUAAUAUAGAAGAAGGAAAGUUUAUUUUCAAAUUAACACCCUAAGUAAAUGGAAAUGAUUCAACGAUGAUGAUGAUGACGACGACGACGACGACGAUGCGUGGGAUUUAUUGUGGACUCUUUUUCUUGGGGGGAAAAAACGUGUGUUUGAUAUCAUACGAGAAAUGCGUCGACGGCGGAGGCGUGCAUGUGCCAGCCACCCUUUUCUAUUGAUUUUUCGCCAUGGAAAGUACUUUUGGUUUAGUGCGCACCUACCCACUCAUACAGUGAAAUGAUCUCGUCCGGUGCAGUGGGUGUGCGCGCCUCGUUUUCACCCGAAUUAAUCAAAGUUCACGCCGCAAAAGUUGCAGCUACCCCGUGAGAGAGUGUUUCAACUAUGUAACAUUCGCGACGUGAAGUGAGAGAUAUCUCUAGCGUGGAAACAAAACUUUUCGGGAACAUUUUCAAAUAUUAAAACAAAAUAAAAGAGAGAAAAAUAAGAAAUUGAAGCCAAAGAAACAAAAAUAGUCUUCCUGGAAAAAGGGAAAAGUAUAUACAUAAAAAAAUUUAAAAACUGUGAGAAAAAGAGUCUGAGUCCUUGUUUUUUCAUACCUUCUGGAUUCAUCUUGAUGAUAAAUCAACGGAUGUCCUAAGGUCGUAUAGAUGGAUCGCGCCCACUGUUUUUGGAUCAUAUCACUCGUUGAUCGAGCAGACGUCAGUUCAUGAAGGAAGGACUGAGAGUUUGGAGAGGAGGUUAUUGUUGAGAAUUCGUGUUUUAAAAGGAAAAUCAAGUGCCCGUUUUUUAACGGGCCAGCUAUUACAAUUGCGGCAGCAGAUGUCAGGAUGCCGGAACAGAGUAACGACUACCGGGUCGUUGUCUUUGGUGCUGGAGGUGUUGGGAAGAGUUCCUUGGUUUUACGCUUCGUGAAAGGCACUUUUCGGGAAUCCUAUAUACCAACAAUUGAGGACACUUAUAGACAAGUGAUUAGCUGCAACAAAAAUAUUUGCACGCUUCAAAUUACGGACACAACGGGGUCUCAUCAGUUUCCUGCAAUGCAGAGACUUUCCAUAAGCAAAGGACAUGCCUUCAUCCUGGUCUAUUCCGUUUGCUCCCGGCAAAGCCUCGAGGAACUACGACCAAUUUGGGCCGUUAUUCGUGAGCUCAAAGGACAAGAUAUUUCACAAAUUCCGAUAAUGUUGGUGGGAAACAAGUGUGAUGAGAGUCCUUCCGUGAGAGAGGUUUCGUUGAGCGAAGGAGCAGCGGAGGCAGCAAAUUGGGGUUGUGGUUUUCUGGAGACAUCUGCGAAAACGAAUCAUAACGUAAAUACACUUUUCCGAGAUUUAUUGACACUUGAAAAGAAUCGAUCAGUUUCGUUGCAACCGGUACAAAGCAGUAAUGCAAUCAGCUUUAAAGAAAAGUGUGUCGUCAUGUAAUUUUUAUUUUACAAAACACAAAUUUUAUCCAAAAAAAAAGGAAAUUUUCCAUUUCUAUCAAAAUUUAUUCAACAAAACGAAAAAAUUUCUAAAAAAAAAGGAAAAAGAUUUAAUUGGGAAAUUUAGAUCUAAAUUCGAAAAAUACAGGAAAAAAUAAUUAAGAAACGAAGUUAUUUCAUUUUCUAAUUUUUUAUUCAUAAGUAGUGAAAUUUUCUAGUAUCCGAUUAAAAUGAAAUUCGUCGAUCGGUUUGACGACGACAAAUUAUAAAAUAAACAGGGGGUCGUUUUUUGUAAAUUAUAAAUUUAUCAUGUACAAUGUUUUAAUUGUGAGGAAAGAGAAAGAAUUAUUUAAAAACUGACGACCUAAAUUUCCAAUGAAAAAGAAGAGAAUUAAGAAGACUCUUUCCUAUUCGUAAAAUCUUAAAUAGACCAGAAAAAUUUUCCCAAUUUAGAAUUAUAAGAAAAUAGUUGACACGAAAGAGAUAGUUGUUCGAUUACAAAAAAGUUAAAAAAAAAGAAAAGAGAAGUAAAGAAAAAAUGUUAUUUGUAAUUGGCCAAUAAUCUUGUUCUUGUUAUUAAUUAUCGCUUUAUUAUAAUAUUCAAAUACGUCGUAAUUUUUACUCCUAUAGGUGUUUAAAAGAAGUUCAGUUAAAACCUAAAGGAGUAUCGACGUGAUCAGGCAAUCUCCCUAUAAAAAUGCACAGAAUGGCUACAAAUUUCGUCGUUCGCUCACUUAAUAAAAAAAAACAAUAUUUUAAUAACGAAAAUAGAAAAAAAAUCUUAAAUUUCGCUUUUCGCAAAUUUUUCGACAGGAGUUUUUUGUAAUUUCCAUUUUAAUCACUUUUGUACUAUUAAUAAUUUUAAAAAAUGCUUAUAAUUUUAAUAAUAACAAAAUAAUAACGAUAAUAAUAAUAAUAAUAAUAAUAAUAAUAAUAAUAAU